AUGGCCAGAACCGGGCUGCUAGUAUGGUCAUAUUGUUUGAUUCUGGCAUCAGUCAAUGUUGUUCACGUCCUUUCUUCAACAGUCUUACCAGGUAUAGGCGUGAACUGGGGCACGAUGGCGUCGAAUACAUUGCCGCGUAAUAUAGUGGUUAACAUGUUGAAAGACAAUGGCAUCAGUAAGGUUAAGCUUUUCGAUUCUGAUUCUCCGACCUUAAAGGCCUUGGCUGGCACAGGCAUUGAGGUCAUGGUUGGCAUCCCUAAUAACCAGAUGUACAUAGUAGCCGGUGAUAUAGAGGAUGCCGAAGAUUGGGUGAAAGAAAAUGUCACCGCGUAUCUUCAUAAUGGGGGUGUUGACAUCAAAUAUGUGGCUGUUGGGAAUGAGCCUUUCUUGUCGAGCUAUAAUAACACAUAUGACAAUAUUACGUUCCCAGCAUUGCAAAACGUUCAAAAGGCUUUGGACAAAGCUGGAGUCGGAGACAAAAUCAAAGCUACAGUUGCUCUUAAUGCUGAUGUUUAUGAAUCCCUUUCGGACAAACCGUCCGGUGGUGAUUUCCGUAAGGACAUAAAGGGUAUCAUGAUUCAGAUUAUCAAGUUUCUCCAUCAAAAUAAGGCUCCCUUCGUUGUUAACAUUUAUCCAUUCCUUAGUCUGUAUCAAAACGCUGGCUUCCCCUUCGAUUAUGCCUUCUUUGAUGGUGGCAAAACAAUCUCGGAUAAAAAUGUUUCAUACAGCAAUGUGUUUGAUGCAAAUUACGAUACACUAGUUUGGACGCUGAAGAAGAAUGGUGUUGGUGAUUUGAAGAUCAUAAUUGGGGAAGUUGGUUGGCCUACAGAUGGUAACUUUAAUGCUAACAACAAACUAGCUAAGAAGUUCUAUGACGGUCUCCUAAAAAAGUUGGUCGCAAAGAAGGGAACCCCUCUCCGACCAGGCCUAUUGGAAUUGUAUCUCUUUAGCCUAAUCGACGAGAAUCAGAAAAGCAUUGCACCGGGACAUUUUGAGAGACAUUGGGGACUCUUUUACUAUGAUGGAAAGCCAAAGUUUCCAAUAGAUUUAUCCGGAAAAGGCAACGACAAGAUGCUAAUAGCAGCAAAGGGAGUUCAGUACAUGUCACCUCGAUGGUGUGUGCUUAAUGAGGAGAACAAGAACUUGAGCAUGAUAGCAGAUGAAAUCAGCUAUGCUUGCUCUUUGGCUGAUUGCACAAGCUUGGGUUAUGGAUCAUCAUGCAGCAAAAUGGACAGUGAUGGCAAUGUUUCUUAUGCUUUUAAUAUGUACUUCCAAAUGCAGGAUCAAGGUGAUUAUGCAUGCAAUUUCAAUGGAUUAGCAAUGAUAGUUAAAAAAAAUGCCUCUCGGGGAAGCUGUCUUUUCCCAUUGCAGCUUGUAGGAGCUGGAGAGAGGCUCGGAUUGGCAUAUGGAGUAAGCAUCAUUGCAGGAUUAAUGUUGGCAUUUUUCUCCCUGAUGUAA